AUGCAUGCCAAUUUCAAGAAGCAAUUCCCUGGACUCUUACUUAAGCAAAUGAUGUGGGCCGCUGCAAGGGCAACAACUAAAGUGGAAUGGAAAAAUAGGAUGAAUGAAAUUAAGCAAGAGAAUUUCAAGGCGUAUGAAUGGCUGAUGAAAAAAAACCCAGAAGAAUGGACCAAGUCUCAUUUCAGGGAGCAUGUGAAAUGUGACCUUCUUAUUAAUAACCUCUGUGAAAGUUUCAACAAUGCCAUUCUUGAUGCCAGAGAUAAAUCUAUUAUCACUUUGCUAGAAAAUAUUAGGCAUUGGAUGAUGAGUUUGUUCUGCAAUAGAAGAAUGAGUGUCUCUAAGUGGGUGCAUCCUGUUUCCAAAAGAAUUAUGGACAUCAUUGAGAAAAACAAGAAUGUUGCUAAGCAUUGUUUCCCUAUGCUUGCUGGAGGUGGUAAGUUCCAGGUAAAUUUAUUGCAAAGCAUCAAUGAUCAGUCAUUUGUUGUGAACUUGGAAACGAAAACAUGCACAUGUAGGCUAUUCCAAUUGUCUGGCAUACCAUGUGGGCAUGCUUUAGCUGCUAUCUGGUUUUCAAACCUAGAUCCAGUGGGAUUCAUAGAUGACUACUACAAGAGGCAAGCAUAUGAAGAAACUUAUGCGACACCAAUCGAACCAAUGCCUAGCCCAGAUAAGUGGCCUGACACUGGUCUGAAUCCGAUACAUCCUCCAACAGAGACAAUUUUACCUGGAAGGCCUAAAAAGUCUAGAAACAAAGAGGCAGAUGAACCACCACCUACUACUGCAACAAAGGCUAGGAGAGUUGGCCAAGUUAAUCACUGCAGCAAUUGUAAGCAAACAGGCCAUUCACGAGUAACAUGCAAGAAUGCAACUAUGGAGCCUGCAAGGCAAAAAAAGAGAGGAAGACCACCAUCUCAGAAUCCUACUACUGAAACUAUUAAAAGGAAGGAGCGAGCUAAGAGACAGAAGCAAAGGAAUGGUGGUUCCACAUCUCAGACCAACUAAGAAGCUGCUCUUUAAUCUUAAACCCUUUUGAUGUAGAAAACUUGUUUUCUUUUUGGUGUAGUCGCCAUACAAUAUAGGCAUUACCAUACUUUUGACAUGUACAUAUUCAGUCUGACUUUAUCAAUAUUUUGGGACAUCUUGGCCAUUAGGAAUACUUUUGACAUGUAGACAUUAUGCUACUUAAUAUGUCAUAUGUUUGCUCUGUAAAGUUGAAAAUAUUAAUCAAUGACAAAAUAUCUGGUUUGGUGCA